AAGCAGUCGCAAUCGCACGCUAGAACAAACUAAAAGCCGCGUUAAAUUCACUCGAACGGGUCAAAAUAUAUAAAAAAUAAAAAGAAGAAAAUUUAUUUAACAAAAAAAAAAAGUAUCUUUAGCCAUUGCUGUAUUUCUCUCUCACUUACUGUAAACUGUAUCGCAGCACCAGCUGCUUGUAUCUCUAUGCAGUAGACGGCGAGCUAGCUGGCUAGCAAAACGUGUUCGUAACCGUGAAAUAAGCGUGGAAACGAAAACGAAAUCGUUUCAUUUAAAUAUCAAAGACAUGUGCUUCAACUAGCCUAAAUGUCGUCAAAGCACGUUGUUUGAUACGUCCCAACCAGUAUAUAAAAUUUCCACUGAGUGCAGCACUGACUGCAGGGCAAAAGAAAAAGAGAGCGAGAGAAAGAAAAGGAGAUUUACAUAUAUUCAACUGUAAACCCGCGCUGCACACAUGACAACCACUUUAAAUAUGGUGAAAACUGGGAAAUACGCCAAUGAUAAAAUCAUUGGCGUGCGGCAUGUGCAAUGCAUCCUGUGCUUCUUCUGCCUCUCCCUGGCGUACGCAUGGCGCGUCAACCUGAGCGUUGCUCUGGUGGCCAUGUCGGGUCCAUCGAAUGCAACGGAGGCCAAUGCGACGCUCGACAGCUCCGAGGAGGCAGCGGAGUUUGAUCAGUUAUUCAGCUUUACGGAAUCGGAGAAAUCCUAUAUGCUGAGCAGCUUCUUUUGGGGCUACAUAGUGACCCAGGUGCCUGGUGGUUAUAUCGCUCAACGCUAUGGCGCCAAGAUGUUGCUGAUGGUGGGUUUGGUGGCCUGUGCCAUUCUGACGCUGCUGACCCCGCUCUCGCUCAAGCUGGGCGGCUGGCAGGCGCUGUGUGUGGUGCGCGUGCUGGAGGGCCUCACCCAGGGCGCAGUGCAUCCGGCUACCCACUCGCUGCUAUCCAAAUGGGCGCCAGCCAACGAGCGCGGCAUGCUGGCCACGAUUUGCUACUCGGGCGCACAGUUCGGCACGAUCAUGAUGCUGGCCACGAGCGGAUUCAUUGCCGACUCCUUUGCUGGCUGGCCCGGCAUCUUCUAUUUCGGCGGCAUUUGUGGCUUCGUGUGGGUGCUCCUCUGGUGGAUAUUUGCGGCCAGCACGCCGGAGGAACACAAGCGCAUCACACGCGAGGAGCUGAAGUUUAUCGAGGAGACGCGGUCGGUGGGUAAAAUGCAGGAUGCCCGGAAGAUGGCGCCCACGCCAUGGGGCAGCAUCUUCACGUCGAUGCCGUUCCUGUCGCUGCUGGUGGUGCACUGCACGCACAUGUGGGGCUUCUGGACGCUGCUCACCCAAAUUCCCAGCUACAUGAAGAACAUCUAUAGCAUCGACAUCAAGUCCAGUUCGCUGCUCUCCUCGCUGCCGUACACGGUCAUGAUGAUACUGAGCUUCUUCUUCGUGUGGCUCUCGAAGGUGCUGCAGAACAACAAGUCCAUAUCGACGUCCUUCAAUCGGAAGUUCUUCAACUCGGUGGGUCACUGGAUACCCAUGCUGUCGCUGAUCGGCCUGGGCUAUGUGCCCCAAGAGAAUUCCGUCCUGGCCGUGGUGCUGCUGACGCUGACGGUGGGCAUCAGUGCGGCCACCUACCUGGGCUUCCAGGUGAAUCACAUUGACCUGUCGCCCAACUAUGCCGGCACCCUGAUGGGCAUCACGAAUGCGGCUGCCAAUGUGAUGAGUGGCCUGGCACCACUCGCCGUGGGUCAGAUUGUCAAGCAUCCGGAAAAUGUGAGUGAAUGGCGCACGGUGUUCUUUGUGGCUGCCUUCUUCUAUUUCAUUGGCAAUCUGCUCUUUGUUGUAUUCGGGCGCACGGAUAUCCAGAAAUGGGAUACACCUGACAUGGUGGACGAGGAGAGCAUCGAGGCCGGCUUACCGUUAGCGGGCGACAAAACUCGGCAGCCAAUCCCAAUAGCAAAUGGCAAACCCUGAGCCCUGGACUUAAGACUAAAUCAUGUCCAACUAAGUAAAAUGAUAGGAAAAUAACUUUGUGGGUGCAUGAUUAGUUUCUAGCUGUUGUGUUUUUCUAAAACUAAGCGCCUAACUUAAGACAAUAGUAAUUAGUUAGCUCUUAAUCAAGAAACACCUUAAAUUGCCAUAAUGACGAUCGCGUGCUUCCAAUAGCGAUAUUAACAUAACAUAAUAACAUAUGAUAAUUGUUUAGCKUGUAGGCAGCAUAAAUUAUUAUUAUUUCCAGUAUUUCUUCCAUAAUGUACAUAAAAAAUAACAAUUAAACCAUAAUAACGAGACAAUAACAAAUGAGAUAAUCACAGCUAGUUGACAAUGUAAAUAGCAAAGAUUGCUAUCGUUAAGUAAAUGUAAGCGCUGCUCUAUAAUUGUUAUGUUUUAAAGUGAAACUAUAUAUCAUAUAUACCUUAACAAACUUAGGUCUUUAGUCAAUUAGUUAAAUUAGUAAUAAACAAACAACCAACUUGUGAUGUACGAAAAA